AUGGAAUAUCACGAUAAACAAGCCCGCUUCAGUGAUGAAUCUGGGGAUGACGCCUCCUUGCUGGGUAUCACUGACUCCACUAUUCCCACUUCGAGUCGAGAAAAGCUGAAGAACAUCUUCGCCGGAGUGACUUACGGUGCCCUUCUUCUGUCCUAUGUGCUUCUUCUUUCUGCCUACCUGAAGUCCGUGAACAGCAGAGUUACCAUGGAUCCGUCCCUGAGGGGCCUCGAAGUGAUAUAUGGCGAUGCCCCUUUGGGUUCUCACAGGCAGAUACUGAGGAAGGCCGGUUUUCACAAAGGUCCCCCGAACGCCUACGAAGGGCGGCCGACAGCAGAGAACGAAGCAGCCUGGGCAGACCUAAUGAGUGUUGGCAUGAUAUCCAUCUCCGAGGAGGAAAAUUCGAGGCUCCCUAUGGGUGGCUCCGCUCCAGUACGCGAUGCAAAUGGCUUGGUUCCUGACAAGUAUCUCGUCCAGACAUCAGUCUCUCAUCAGUUGCACUGUUUAAAGCGUCUCCGAGAGCUCAUAUGGGACAGCGAAAAGGGACUCGCGGAGCAUUGGCAAUACGGACACGGGUCCCACUGCAUUGACUACCUGAGGCAGUCCAUCAUGUGCCACGGGGAUCUGACUCCCAUUUAUAUGAUGUGGUCCGAGGAACACGGUACCUUCAUGGGGGUUCAAGAAAACAUUAUGCAAUGUCGCUCGUGGGAAGCGAUCAUGGAGUGGUCUGCUGCGAGAAAUGAUACAGGAAUGCGGGUUGACGGUGAUCAUGGUAAGAGUACCAAGAAUCAUGGUUUCGUUGAAGGAAAUUAA